UCUCAUUUGCUGUAUCACACUCUCUUCUCCUCUCCUCUCAUUCUCUUCAACUCUCUGCUACAAUGGCUUCCACUUUAUCCACAAUUACUCUUCGCUCUCCUUCUCCUUCUACCGCUUCCUCAACACACGCCUCAAUUCCAUUCCCCAAAAAAGCCCUAGAAUUCCCCAUUCGCACUCCCAAACUCCACCACCGCCGAGCCACUUUCCUCCGCCCUCUCGCCGCCGUUGAAGCACCUGAGAAGGUAGUCCAGCUCGGAGAUGAAAUCUCCAAUUUAACUCUCGCUGACGCUCAGAAACUCGUCGAGUACCUUCAGGAUAAGCUUGGUGUUACCGCCGCAUCCUUCGCUCCGGCCGCCGUCGCCGCCGCUCCUGGCGCCGCCGCCGAAGCUCCUGCUGUGGUGGAGGAGAAGACUGAAUUUGACGUUGUUAUUGACGAAGUUCCGAGUAAUGCGAGAAUUGCUACGAUUAAGGCUGUUAGGGCUUUAACUAGUUUGGCUUUGAAAGAGGCAAAGGAAUUGAUUGAAGGAUUGCCUAAGAAAUUUAAGGAAGGUGUGUCUAAGGAUGAGGCUGAAGAUGCUAAGAAACAGCUUGAAGAAGCUGGUGCUAAAGUUUCUAUUGCUUAACUUGAAUUUGUGGUAAAUGUUUAAUUCUUAUUUUGUUUUUGAUUAUCUUGGGAAAAUUGUUGUACUUUUUUGUGUUUUUGUAAGAGAAUUCAGUUGUUAGAUAUAGUUUCUUCCCAAUUUUCUAAAAUCAAGAUUUUUUACUCGUA